CUUUCUCUUCUACUAGUUGUUUCUUUUUUCCAUUUUUUUUUCACUGAUUACCACCAUAUGCUUUUGGUCUGAGAGACACAACUCCCAUGCCAAUGUAGGAGUGAUAAAUCUGAAGUAGAUAUGUAUAAGAAUCAACUGCAGGAACUUGCACAGAGAAGCUGCUUCAAUCUUCCUUCUUAUGCCUGUAUUAGGGAAGGACCGGAUCAUGCACCAAGAUUUAAAGCUUCUGUGAACUUCAAUGGUGAGAUCUUUGAGAGUCCAAGCUACUGUCCGACAUUGAGACAGGCUGAGCAUGCUGCUGCAGAGGUUGCUCUUAAUGUCCUGUCUUCAAGAGGUCCUUCAAGGUCUCUCACUGCAAGAGUUCUUGUAAGUUUGUACUUUUUUUUCCCAUCAUGUCCAUCUGUCUAAUGUUUGAUGUUUUUCCCUGUUUCAUCAUGUUUUGUCUUUUCGUUUUGAUAUUUGUAAUCAAGGAUGAGACAGGAAUUUACAAGAACCUUCUUCAAGAAACUGCUCACAGAGCAGGGCUUAACCUCCCUGUGUACACCACCGUUAGAUCAGGUCCUGGCCAUGUCCCCAUCUUCACCUGCACUGUGGAGCUUGCUGGAAUGAAUUUCACAGGUGAAUCGGCAAAGACCAAGAAGCAAGCUGAGAAGAAUGCUGCAAUUGCAGCCUGGUCUGCCUUGAAAAGAAUGCCAAACUUGGAUUCAUUGACGAAUAAAGAAGGUGACAAUCACGAAGAGCAGGACCAGGCAGCCGUGGCAAGGGUGCUCUCAUGUUUCAAGCCAAAAGAUGAAAACAAACAAGUUAGGAGAAGGGAUCAUCAUAACCAAGCAAGAAGAAGAAUGGUGAAGAAUAGCUCUUUCACUUCUAGCAACCCUCUGCUCCAUCAACAAUGGAGGCUUAUGGAUCUUUUAAUGGAUCCUGCCAUGGAUGGUUCUACACAAAGGCAGAACAGCUUUGUUUCUCUUCUUCCUCCACCCCCACCAAGAACAGCUUCUAAGAUCCUAUCACCGACAACAUCUGAGACUGCAAUUCAAAAUAUACCGUCUCCUCCAGUGGAAGAGCAUCUGAAAAAUGAGGGAGAAUGUUCAAACACAAGAAAUUCAGUUUCAAGUAAUUCUGUUUAUGGGGCAAGUUCUAAUUCCCUAUUCAAGCCAGAUCCAGUGCUCAAAAGUGAUCCAAUCCAAAUUAGUAGGGUUAGUAGACUUUUUGGGUCUCUUAGUCCAACUCCCCUCAAGGCAACUGCAGCUCCACAAAUUGGCAGGAACAUGUACACAGGAGGGUUCAAUCCACACAGGAUUGCCCCAGCAGUUCAAAUCAGAUCAGUGAUCCCAGUGUGUGCGGCAGCACCACCACCAAAUCCAUUAAGACCCCAACCGGCAAUCUCCUCAAAGAGAGAUGCCUCACCAUCAUCACCAAGCUUGAUUGUUCCUUCACCUCCUUCCUUGUCCACACAAACAGGAGCAGAGGUCUCAUCAGCCAGCUCAGUGUUAAAGCAGUCACAGGCACAGCCAACUGAACUCAGUUCUGAGUUGAUAAAGCUGCAAUUAUGAGUAAUAUAAUAACAAGUAAACACUUUCUUGGUUGUUUUUACUCGGUCUUAAUGCAAUAUUGCACUUUAGCCUUUGUAAAAUUACUGCCUAGUGCCUACCAUAGUUUUUGUGACUUUUGUUGUUGAUGGGUCGGUAUUGAAAUUUUGUGAAAUAUGAUAUGGAUAGAUGAAUUUUGUAUGAUUUUUUUUUUUUUAAUUUUUUUAUCACCAUUACUGCAACAUGAGAGAGAAGGUGAGAGCAUUAAAUGGGAUCUGGGGUAGUGGGUUGCAGCCUUGCAUUACAGGGGAUAAGAAAGAGAGAGAGAGAAGGAGGGGGUAGAUGGAGAUAGCAAUGAAAGCACAGAGUGAAAGAGGAAGACCAGACAAUUGCAGUGAUAAACGCAAGCAAUUAAGUUACCCUCUCAGCAAUAUAUUUAAUGGCCUUGU